AUGUUUCCUCUGAGGUUUUUCAGUCUCUUUUUCGUUGCCGCAACAACAGACUAUGAUGAGAAGGAGAAAGAAAAAAAGAAAGAAGGAGCCUACGACAUUUCUGUCUUCAAAAGAGGGGAUCUCCUAGAGGUGCCCCGCACCCUCUUCACACAUUUCGGGAUCUAUCUAGGGAACAACCGUGUGGCUCAUUUCAUCCCAGACAUUCUGCCUAUUUUCUCCUCAAACAAGGCCACUAUUGCCCAGAUGGUAAGCAACAGCAGGCUCAUUCUAGGGGUCAUUGCAAAAGUGGCAAGCGUACGUAUAGACACUGUGGAGGACUUUGCGUAUGGUGCAGAGAUUCUGGUGAACCACACGGAUGAGGUGUGCAGCCGGCCUCCAUUCCCCGGUGACGAGGUGGCCAGGCGGGCAGAGAAGCUGCUAGGUCCAAUGACCUACAGCCUGCUGUGGUACAACUGUGAACAUUACGUCAUGUAUUGCAGAUAUGGCACUAGCAUGAGCUUCCAAACAUACCAGUUUUGUAAAACAGUUCGGAAGAUUGUCUGCAGCAAGACAAGUGCUUUCCUCAGUGCACUCUUAUGCUUGUCCAUCAUGUUGUACUUCGGCUCCCUGUCUCUACAUGGAAUCUUACCGACCCUACUCAUCCCCUUCACUAUAUGGAUGGCAUCCUGA